AGUCGACCAGAAAUUGUCAAGGAAGGAGAGGUCAAGCCACUGCCAAGCGCCAAGCAAGCUGCUAAGGAUAGACCCCCACCGAAAAGGAGCCGAUCCGCUGAAAUGCGAAGCGAGGAGUUCGUCGUCGUGGUAAAAAUCGACCGAAAUUGCCAUGGAUGGAGAGUUCCAGGAGAUGAAAGAUGGCUUGACUGCUGCCAGGUCGUCCAGGAUGGAGAGUUCCAAGCUGCCGGCAGCCUUUUUCUGCAUGGUAUCAUCGGGAGA